AGAGCGAGAGAAACGAGGCUGAAUCAACUCCACAGAAGAGAGAGAGACUGGGUUUCUGCAUCGGUAUGCCUGCUCCUGCUCUCUCAUUUCCACCAUAUGCCGCUGCUGCCUCUCUGAGGAGACCUGGACUCUGUUUAAAAUGCCAAUCGCCUGCUUGAGGCUACUCCUUCAUCCUCAAUCAUUUACAUGUAACAUUUAUACUCUCUGUUCCCGGCGUGAGAGAGACCGGGAGAGCCUGAGUGAGAAGAGUGGAUGACAAUAUCCUUGCUUUUCUCCUUUCUGCUGAAGUUCCUGUGGCGAUUAGCAGAACGGGUGGUUUCGACUCUUUGGACACUAUCCGUCUGAGCUGUUCGUGUUUGGAGAAAAAGACUGAAAGGAGAGGACACAACAUUCUCUGGGAAACAUCGCACUCCAUAUCACCUGAGAUAUUGGGGAACGUGUGACUGCAUUUUUAUGCGACAAACCGGUAUUAUAGUAAGCGAAGAUUAUAAAAGUUGUUUGACCUUUUUGAUGAUAUAUUUCCCCCCUGCUCUUCAUGCAGCAGGCACACAGCGCUGCACAUGUUGGCUGUGUCUUUUCUGAGGAGAGAACGAGAAGUAGGAUGAGAGCCUGCCAGAAUAUUUGUCCUCUGCUAUCUGUGUCCUUCUCUGUGUGACUCGUCUGUGCAGUGAGGGGUGCCCUGGGAGACUCCCUAGUCGCUGAUCGUGGGCGAGUCUUCAACAUUGCUGCUGACAUGGCAGAGGGAACACAGCUCCUCUCUUUGGGGCACCGGCCUGGUCUGCUGCUGAGCUAGGACUUGGACCAGCCAUUGACCAUCCCCGGCCAAGUUCCAGUCCUCUGUCUCUGGAUCUUGUUUCAGACCAGGGGCUUUCAGAAGGCUCCCUGGCUGCAGGAUGAACUCUUCCUUGGACCUGCUGGACCUUGAGCUCCUGAACCAGAGCGGCUCUCCUUUCUGCCUCCUAGACAUGGGCUACUCCCAGAUCUUCAACACCUGUCUUUUAGAGGUGGCCAUCAUCUUGCUCCUUACAGUUCUCAUCAUCUCUGGCAACCUGGUGGUGAUCUUUGUCUUCCACUGUGCUCCACUGCUCCACCACCACACCACCAGUGCCUUCAUCCAGACCAUGGCCUACGCAGACUUGUUAGUUGGGGUCAGCUGCCUCAUCCCUUCCCUCUCCCUCCUCCACCACCUGAAAGGCCUGGAUGAAGAGCUCACCUGUAAGGUGUUUGGUUACAUGGUUUCCGUGUUGAAGAGCGUUUCCAUGGCGUCACUGGCGUGCGUUAGCGUGGACCGCUACAUGGCGAUAACGCGGCCGCUGUCGUAUGCUACACUGGUGACACCGUGCCGGAUCCGCGUGUGCAUCCUCCUCAUCUGGAUCUACUCCGCCCUCAUCUUCCUGCCCUCCUUCUUCGGCUGGGGGAAGCCUGGCUACCACGGCGAUGUGGUUGAGUGGUGUGCCAUGGAGUGGGGGACAAAGCCGCUCUUCACGUCAUUCAUCGUGGCGCUGCUCUACGUGCCGGCAGCCAUGACGGUCUGCUUCACCUACGCCAACAUCUUCCGUAUCUGCCGGCAACACACAAAGGAGAUCAGCGAGCGCCGCGCCCGCUUCAGCCCACAGGAGAGCUCUCUGGGACAGGAUGGCCAGCCGCAGCACGCGCCGGCGUGCACGGACAAACGCUACGCCAUGGUGCUGUUUCGCAUCACCAGCGUUUUCUAUCUCCUCUGGCUUCCCUACAUCCUGUACUUCCUGUUGGAGAGCUCUGGAAUCUACCGUCACCCCGUCGCCUCGUUCCUUACCACCUGGCUGGCUAUCAGCAACAGCUUCUGUAACUGUCUGAUCUAUAGUCUAACCAACAGUGCCUUCCGGAAGGGUUUAAAGCGUCUAUGUUCAUUCUGCGUGCAGCGUGUGGACAGUAAGAAUCCUUUUGGCCCUGGGCCGGGGCACGGACAGGGGCCAGUCUGCACACGCUCCACAUGCCAUGUGUAGGACCUCCCAGAGACUCGUGUGACGGUCGAGUCAGUGUGUCGUGUUGCUAAAGCACUAAGUGUGUCCCAUGUUGAUGCUGAGCUACGGGGAACAGGCUUCACAGGAUUUUGUGUUGCUACGGUUGUUUCCAGACAGUUGGAUGGUUGCGUUCCUGGUCACAGCUGGCUCUGACAGGAUCGGCUCCAGGACCCGAGCGUUUUGAGCCCCGCGUGGGAAGUACAGCCCAGCCUCUGCCAUGAGAGAGGUAGAACAUGGAGGGGUCGUGAGAGUCAGAAUAAGGAUGUGGAAUUACAGUACCCUAACCUUUGACUCCAGUUACGGAUGACAGAGCUAUGGCUACGUUGUGUCAGCGGUUUGCCGUGGAUGGAGUGGUAGUUGAUUGAACACCUCCCUUCUGACAGUACUUGCCAAAAACACAAACUGUAAGAACACAAGAACACAUGUUCUUGUGGGGAAAAUAUGUUUGAGACUGUGUAUCUUCCUAGCAGUUUGUGGAACAAUGUGUAUUUGUGCCAUGACUACAGUGUAUUAAAUGCAACAAAGUACUCACAUAAUUUGAAAAAAAACUGAAAAACACUUUAAUACUGAGCUAAGGGGAGCUGUCAAUAACUUAUUUACAUUUUUUCCCUCUGAUGUGAUUUUAUUUAAACACGGAAACAGAAUAUUUACAAUAUUGUGCUCUGAAGGGUGCAGCAAGCUCAGACUCUGAAGAGAAGCAAGUACUUCAUAAUUCAUUUAUAUCUGGGCUGUUCUGAGGCAGAGGUACGGGCAGAGAAAGGGAGGACCACUUUGUUUAGAGGUUUAAACACCAGGACUAGUUUACUCCCGAGGGAUCAGAGUAAUCAUUGACUGGAUGACUUUUGUUUCAACAAGCUUCCUUAUCGUCAGCGCCUGUCUGACUCUGUAACCAAAGUACAUUGCAGACAGACAGUACGUUCCAGUUCACUUAUGAGGAGAAUGUGGUCGUUGUGUCAAAGCAGAAGAUUGAUUGAAAAUUGAUUGUUUGAUUUUCAGAGUAGUUUUUCAUCUCCAAAGCGUUGUCUGUUGCAUCCGGUAUUAACAAGCCAAUACCAGUGGGCCUGAUUAGUGACCUUUACUGUCUUCAUUAUCUAAGAUUUUUCUGAUGAGACUUUCUAAAAGAAAGAGUGAGCAAACAUCCACAUCUGAUUUUUUUUUCGAUGUCAAAUUUUCUCUUCCAAUUAUCUGGUUACUCAACGUGGUCUCAGGGCAAUUCGUAUUAUUCUGUACAUAAAUCUGAGACAUUUCUUUUAGUAUGCUAUAUUACUUUACAUUAUGAAUGCAAUUGCGGUUGUACAGUAUCAUAUGGUUAAAAGUAUCAUUCGUCUUACCCGGCCGUACAAUAGCAUACGAAUUGGAUUAAUUAACUUAUCAUAUGUCUUGGGGGGGAUGUAUAGUAUUAUACGUCUUUCUCUGAGGCCAGGUUGCUUGUUGCGCCAUAACAACAAAGGAAAAUGAUGAGAAUAAUUUCCUUUGGUGGUUAGGCGACAACAAUUGUGUCAAGUUGGAAGUUAAAAAAAAAAGUUAAUAGCAGCCUAAAAUACGAUAGCAAACCUUUUAAUGUGUGCACAAUUAUUUUUUUGUUAUUAUUUGUGAAUUCAUCUUUGAUAGUAUAUGCUUGUUUCUGUGCGUCGACGUCUCUGCAAUGCUCUUCCCUGCCGUGCAAAAUAGACUCAAGCGAUCCCCGCUUUCGCGGACGUGCUGCUUUUUCAGGUUGCAUAGCAUGUCUCAUAGGUCAUCGUGAGUUGUUAAACUGCGGCUCGCGUUAACGGUGACGUGACGGCAUUAUAGUCUGGGCAUGGGUUAAUGACCGUGAAUGUUGAGAAAGCUGUGAGCUGCUGUCAGCUGAGGAACAUCGGCCCCUGGCCAAGUGUCGUAAAGUAUUGUCUGCAUAGUAAUGCAGCCCCACAGGUUGUUGUGUUACUGCAUACAUUCCAAUUGGCACCCUAUUCUCUAAAUAGUGCACUACUUUUGACCAGGACCAAUAGGGCUCUGGUCAAAAGUAGUGUACUAGAUAGGGAAUAGGGUGCCAUUUGGGAUGUAUGCGGUAACACAAUAACCUGUAGGGCUGCAUUACUUUACAGUAUAAUGAAACAGAUAGAAAUUAAGUUCUCAAUGUUCAACUGUUUCCGGUCCAAUGUUACUAGUUAUUUAUUAGACCUUUCACAGGCUUUGGCCUCUUGAAUCUUUUCUCUCUCUUUUUAUGGUAGCCUACUCCUCCAUUUGGGAGCAAAUAUACAAUAUACUUAGUGGCUUUACUUUCUUAGUUGACCAAAGUUGAAUGUGUGUUAGAUGUUAUAUAUUUCAAAAAGAACGAGACGGAAUGAGAGAUGUAGAGAGAGAUAACGUGCAAUUUAGGGCUAUUUUUUUUAAAUGGAAUUUUUCAUGUUAGGAAUUUUGCAGUGAUGACGGUAUGGACAGACAUUGAGUUGGACUACUGUAUUGUUAGGCUGCCUCUGCAAUGAAUACAGUGCUGUUCAUCUUUAUGUAGGCUAAAGUUCCAUGUUACAUUUCAAAUUUGUACAUAGUCUUAUGCAUGUUUUGCCUACUGUAUAUAUUUGAUUAGGUGAUUUGAAUAAGAAAGCUCACAAUUCAAAUAUUGUCAAACUACAAACACUUUUGGAGACUGUCUUUGCGCAGCCAAAGGGCAAAGUGCAAUACGUUCAUCCUUCCUCCAUUUCGUCCGCUUUAUUGAAGAAUGUCAACACAGACACCAUUUUUUUAUAUAUAUCUUUUUUCCUCCUCUACAUUUUACCACCGGUUAUUGAAACAAUAGAGCUGUUUCUCUCUAUUGACCAUGUGAUGUUCCUGAACUGUUGGUGAUAUUCAGAGUCAUCACCACUUUAUUACUUUCACAUGACUUUCUCCGUGACUUCUGCCCUUUGGGGAUGGGUGUGUGUGU